GUAAUAAGCCACUGAGAUGCUGAUACCCCCGUUUUCUUCAUUCAGAGACAAGAACACAGCUGGAUGCGUCCAUUGCUACGUUCACGCGUCGUUGCCUGUUGGCGACCUCAUAGCCCUCUGGGCGCUUCAUUAUAUAUAUACAGGUUGCCGCGUCCCACACACGCAUUCUCCUCCCUUCUCUCUUAUUUCUCUCUCUUUCUCCUCUCUUUCUCUUCUAACGACCAUCAGCUCGCUGGUCCGAGCCUCUUUCCGCCAUGCUUUCCAUCUCUUUCGCACUGGUUGCUAUUCUCUCUUUUUCGGCCGGGUCGCUAGCGGCGCCUACACCGUCUCUCUUUGCGGCUCCUGCCGGUCAGGAGGUGACUCUCAUGCGGAGAGCACAGCCCGCACGUAACGAUUCGGAGCUCGCUGCUUGGGCUCAGGCACAUAGGAAUGGCGUAAUGGCAAAGUAUGGCAUUCAGGGGAACGGUACCGCUGCUUCCAAGCGCAGCGAAGGCGAGAACCUAAUCAUCAACCAAAGCAAAGAUUCGAGUUAUAUCGGUUCACUUGCUGUUGGUACUCCUCCAACAUCGUUCGAGGUCAUCCUAGAUACCGGAUCAUCCGAUUUUUGGCUCGCUUCAACAUCGUGCGACUCGUCGUGUAGCGGCAGCGCCAACUUCAACCCUAGCUCAUCCUCGAGCUUCAACAAUCAGAACAAGCAGUUUGAAGUCACAUACGGAAGUGGCCAAGCACAGGGUUCACUUGGUCAGGAUGUCGUCCAGAUGGCAGGUUUCUCUGUCCAGAACCAGAUCUUCGGUGUUGUUACGCAAACUUCUUCCAACUUUCUUCAAGCGCCGGUCACUGGUCUCAUCGGCCUGGCUUGGCAGUCCCUUGCUUCGUCUGGUGCAAUGCCGCUCUGGCAGACUCUGGCAGCCCAAGGUUCUUGGAGUGAGCCUGUCAUGGCUUUCCAGCUCACUCGUUUCCUCAACGACACAAACGCACAGCAGAUGGAGCCAGGAGGAUCGUUGACCAUGGGCUACACCAAUAGUAGUCUAUAUACUGGGGACAUCGAUUUCCAGAACCUCCCUGAUGGUCAGCAAACGUUCUGGAUCCAAGAGGUUACUUCGAUGACUGUACAAGGCAAUAACUUGACACAGCCUAGUGGUUCUGCUUCGUAUGCUGCCAUUGAUACUGGCACCACCCUUGUCGCCGGUCCACCGAGUGCCAUCCAGAAUUUGUACGCCCAAAUUCCCGGGUCUGCGCCUGGAACUGGCCAGUGGGAGGGUUUCUACAGCUAUCCAUGCGACACUGAGGUUAACGUUGCUCUUUCUUUCGGCGGCCCAAGCUGGCCUGUCAGCCCGGGCGACUUCCAGUUCGCCAGUACUAGCGGCAAUAAGUGCAUUGGCGCGUUCUAUGAGAUCCCAAGUAACCAGGGUACUCCUGCCUGGAUUGUCGGUGACACAUUCCUGAAAAACGUCUACUCUGUGUUCCGCUUCAACCCGCCUUCGGUGGGCUUUGCAGCCCUGUCGAGUGCGGCGACCUCUUUGAAUGGUGUCAACGGCCCCGUGCCGACGCCAACGAUAGGUGCCGUCGCCGCGGCGGUCACGGCUUUGGACAUGAACUCGAACGCAGCACCCGUCUCGCAUUCUUCUAGCUUGCUCGCUCUCGUCAUAUCUGCUUUCGUUGGUUGUAUCGUGCUGUACUAAGUUAUGAAGCAUCUGUCACUUGGACUUUCACUUUCAAUCUGUUGACUGUAUAGCAUACGUGAUUUACUCGGCAUCUUGUGCUCAAGCGGUGCGAUC